GAGAAAAACAAGCCAUGCUGGCUGACUGGCUGGCUGCUACGUCUCCGAUGAAAAACUCAACCUCUUUGAAAACAAGCUUAUCAAAACAGCAAAAAAAAAAAAUUAAAAAAACAAUCUCCGAGUUGAGUUGAAAUGCUUAUACUUGUUUUGAUAAGAACAUCCUUUUCUUACUAUGAAAUAAUUCUAAUCGACGCGUCGUCACAUUCUUUCAUGACUAGUGAAGACGACGCUGGUUUUUUAAAAACUGCAGCUCGUUUCGAUUGAUAUUUAAUAUCCCUUCAUUGUUGUUUUGUUUUCGUUUUUAUAUUUUUUUUUGUUCUUGGUUUAAUUUAUUCCUGCCCAACAAUGAAGAGUCUACUUGUAACACUCCUUUUAGUCUGUCUAAUUGGCAAUGUCUGGAGUGGACCUCCAUCAGUUCCACAAGCUUAUAUGAAAUGUCCGAAAGGAUGCGUCUGUCAAUAUGCCCACUUUAUGGAUUUACAAAUAUCUCGAUGGAUAAAUUUCAUGCAAAUCAAACAUCAGGAUCGUUCGAUCGGAAGCAGAGGUUCAUCUCAAGAAACCCAAGAAGAGCUGGUCAAUGAAAACGAGGUAAUGUUCGAUGGCGAUGAAGGAUUCAACGAUAAUCCAUUUAUUCAGCAAGUAACUUGCAUCUUGCAAGUUGAAAACGAUGUGAGUGAACUUGUUAGUCAACUGCCAGUUGAUUUGCAGGCACUGGUGCUUCUAUACACCGCCGAAGGAAAGAAUAAAACAGUACCUACAAGUGUAUUCAAACCACUUAAUCAACUGACAACCUUGGAAAUCCGAGGACCGAGUGAUAGAAGUUUCCGUCUCAUUAUCGACGAACCCAUGAGCUUCCUACAUCAUGCAAACUUCGAGUCCAUCGCCCUAUUUGGCAGUGAAAACUACAAACGACCCAAGAAUCCAGUUCAUCCUAGAGAAAGUUUCGACUAUGUACCUAGCAGUGAACAAAUCGCCUAUAAUAUAUCUUUGGAAACAAUGCCCGAAGGUGAAGACAUCGACAUCGUUCCCUACGAUGUCUACAUUCAAGAGAUUAAAAAAUCUCGUUUAGCAACAUUCUAUGGAUGGGAACAUCUGGAAGUUCUGCGUAUCAAUCAUUGUCGAUUGGAUGAAAUGCACUGGGAAAUGUUUGACGGCCUGUUGGAAUUGCAACACUUAUCACUUGAACAUAAUGAGAUAAAAAUAGUGCCCGCCUUUGCGUUGUAUGGUGCAAUGCACAUUAAGACUUUAUCACUGGCAUACAAUUCUAUUUUGGAUUUUAAUUAUCGUUCAUUGGCUGGUUUGCUAGACUUGGAGGUUCUCGAUUUGAGUCACAAUAGUUUGUCCAAGUUAUCAGAAUUGAGUUUUCCACCAUUUCCCAAAUUGGAAUAUGUUGAUUUUAGACAUAAUCCAAUUCGAUAUAUAUUCCCAGCUUCAUUUGGUGUGAUGAAUAAUACAAGGACAAUGCAUUUGGGUUCGAAGGAGACUGCUGCGGAACUUUGGGGAAAUGUUCCAUUUGAUUCAUUGCAUUUGCUUAAGAUUCUAACUAUUACAAAUGUUUCAAUUGGUGCUUUAGAUCAUGAUGUCUUUCAGAAUUUGAGGUCAUUGGAAGUUCUCGACUUGAAAGGACAGAUUCGGAGUGUGGAAUUUGAUGCUUUUGCCGAUAUGGCACAUUUGAGAGAAUUGAAUUUGAGUUCGUGUAAUAUCAGAGAAAUAUCCAUGGAUGCAUUCUUUGGGUGUAAGAAAUUGGAAAUUGUUGAUUUGUCAAGUAACAAUCUUUCGUAUAUACCACCGGGUUUGUUUGACGAACAGAAUCAAAUAAGAGAGAUUUAUUUGCAGAAGAAUAAUUUGAAAUAUCUCCCGUCGACAUUCUUUCACAAUCCAUCACUCAAACUUGUACGGCUAACUGAAAAUCCAUGGAAAUGUACCUGUGACAUGGCACUGUGGAAGCAAAAGUUGACAAAUUCACUUGGAGUUGGCAAGUCGAGUCGAUGUAUUAAGCAAUUUCAUACAGGAAAACAAUUAUCCUGUCGGAAAAUAGAUAAUUACAGGUAUGAAAAGGCUUUGUCACCACGUUGUGAGAAUUAUAAUGGACGAAGUGUGUAUUAUGUUCUUCGAAAAGAUAUUCAAUGUACGAAAACGAUCAAGAAACAACACCAUACACCACCACCAUCCUCGUCAUCAUCAGUACAACGGGGGAAUCAUCAAUAUCAACGUAUGCCAAAGUACAAGCAUUUAGAUGAUAAAAUGUCUCAUCAUGAUAAAUCACAAAUGAAACGUAUGCAAAUGCAAAAAGAGAGAAUUGUCAUUCCAUGGGCUCAGGCUAAGGCAAACAAAGUCAAAAAGACAAUGGCACAUAUAAAUAGUUUAAACUAUUUAACUGGUGAAGGUUUGAGGAAAAAUAAAUCUCAAGAAGUCGAAAAUGAUAAAAUAUUUGGUGGAAGUGUUGAUGAACAAUUUGAUUUUAAUUAUAUUUAGAAGAAAAAAAAAAUAUUGAAGAAAGCAAACAAAUAUUAACUAAAUAGCGGAUGUAUAUGAUUUUUUGUGUUAAGUAGGGGUUUUUAAGGAAAUAUAUUGUUUCAAAUUAAUAACGAAAAAAAAAACA